UGACUCCUAUGGACAAGCCUCUGCAUCACCAUGUCUCCGAAGCUAAGUCACGAUUUUAUUCGGCAGCUUGCAGCGCAUGGAGCGAGUAAUCUGCGAUUCAAAUGGUUUGUCACUGUAGUUGUUGCUCUGAGCUCUUUCAAUUACCCGGAGGAGAUUGGGCCGUUGUAUCAGCACCUUCUUGAAGAAUAUAUUCCCGUUGAAGAUCAUGCCGCAGCAACUCGGAAAAUAAGAGAAGCCCUGGUCAAGGCGGCCGGUCUACAUGGCGCAGCCAAAACUGGAAAUGCCGUGCGAGAACUAUAUCACGCUACUCCUCCUCAUUUGAUCGACAAUACCUGUUAUCGUGAUGACGAUGAACAUACGGCGGCCGUAGCUCGAGGCGAUGCGUUCUUGAAGAGCCUAUACCGGGAUGUCCCGGAUCUAAACACAGAAGAUGAUUUUGUCCGGAAAUGCUGUCCGGACUAUUUCUAUGUAGUGUCUCAACUCCUUUACCCGCAUGUAUUUUCCUUCGAUAAGAUCUUGGACAAGCUUGAGUCCAGCCAGGCAAUCAUUACAGCACUGAUCAGCAUUGACUGCAAAGGGCAGGCUCGUAACCACAUGAAGGGAAUGAUGUGGAACGGCGCAACCCGGCAAGAAGUCGCCAAUAUACGAGAUUCAAUCGUGCUUUUGGCGAGAUACCUGGGCGUCCAAUUCCGAGAUGGACCAGUUCUUGUGCCGGAUGAUCCCAAAGAGGCCUAA